GCUCCAGCUCCAGACCGGCCGUCUCAGAUUCAGCUCCCCCUCCACAGCCUCCAGAGGGCGAUUCGCGGCGGUGAGAGUGAUGGCGUCGGCGGAGACGGUGACGACUGAGAAGCUGGGCGUGAGGGUGGAGCGCAACCCGCCCGAGACACGCCUCUCGGAGCUCGGCGUCCGCCAGUGGCCCAAGUGGGGAUGCGAGCAGAGCAAGUUCCCGUGGACGUACUCGGCCAAGGAGACGUGCUACCUGCUGCAGGGGAAGGUGAAGGUGUACCCGGAGGGCGAGGAGGGGUUCGUUGAGAUCGCGGCGGGGGACCUGGUGGUCUUCCCCAAGGGGAUGAGCUGCACCUCGGACAUCGCCGAGGCCGUCGACAAGCACUACAAGUUCGAAUAGUAGUUUCCACCUAAUUAUGCCGGCCGCUAGACCAGCUGCUGCUACUACUAGAAUCUAGAUGGAGAUAUUCCGGCAGAUCAAAUCGCUUCGCUCGUGUACCUUUUAGGCCGAUUAUGCUCCUGUGAAUCUCUCUCUUUGUUGGAAUAAGACAUCGGAAUAGUUGGUUGUGUUUGCU